AUGUAUCGUGAAACAUUAGGUAUUACAGAAAAGUUUCUCAGAGACAAAUAUAACGCUACAGACGAUGAAAUCGCCCAAUUAAACGAUCUGUAUGCCUUUCAAUUUGAAAAGCGUUCGUCAAUGCCAUAUCCUACUGCGGCAACCAAUCAUCCAUCAUUAGUAUUGGAUGGAUUUCUCUACCACGGUGACAUAUACCACGCAUCGAAUGGAAAAUUAUUGAAAGAAUUGGAUAUCAAGCAUAUUAUUGAUGUAUGUGACUGUGAGCUGGAAAAAGAGAUCGUUAAUAAUUUCAAUGUUUUAUGGAUCAAUCUCAAUGAUGAUUUUAUUGCAGAUAUAAAGAAAUAUUUUGAGACAACAAAUCAAUUUCUAUAUGAGUGUAAACAGAAGAAGGAGAAAGUGUUAGUACAUUGUCAAAUGGGAAUAUCACGUUCAUCAUCGGUUGUUUUAGCUUAUUUGAUGAAAUAUCACCAUGAUACUCUAAAGAAAGCGUACGAUUAUCUACUUGAACGACGUCGCGUUGCUGGCCCGAAUGCUUCAUUUCUUUUACAAUUACUCCGUUAUGAGAAAGAAUUGCGCGCUACUAAAGAAAUCGAUGAGAGUAAAAACAACGAUGAUAAACAAAAUCCAUUCGAAACAGUUGAUAUCAAUGAAACAGCCACUGUCUCGAACACACAAACAAACAAUAAUCAAAUGACAUAA